AUGGAUUGGGAUGAAAAACUGCCGACUGAAUUACAUAAACAGUGGUUAGAGUUCCGGAAUAAUUUGACAAAAGUAAAUUGUCUGCAGAUAUCUCGUCAUAUUUUCAAAGGCGAAGUUCCUGCCAACAUUCAAUUACACAUCUUUACAGAUGCACCAGAAAAGGCAUAUGGUCCUGCAGCGUAUUUGCGAUCAACACUUCAGAAUGGUCAAAUCAUUGUACGACUAUUGUGCGCCAAAUCUCGGGUUGCACCUUUGAAAAGGUUGCCAUUACCUCGUCUCGAACUUUGUGCAGCUGUGGUUGGCGCAGAACUAGCAACAAGAAUAAAGAACGAUCUACAAAUAAGAAAUUACCAGACGUUCUUUUGGUGUGAUUCCCAAAUAGUGAUAUCAUGGAUCAACUCUCCAUCAUCAAAGUUUCACACUUUCGUUGCAAACAGAGUAAGCAACAUUCAUCAAUUAACAGCCACAAGUCAGUGGCGCCACGUCAUUUCGGAACACAAUCCAGCUGACAUUUUAUCAAGAGGCCUUGCACCCCAUAAACUACAGUCAUCAAGUAUGUGGUUUUAUGGACCUAUGCUCCUGCAUGGUCGGGAAGAACUGUGGCCUUCAAAACCAUCAUCAGCGUUAAAAUUCGAAACCCUCAUUGAUCUUGAACGGAAGAAGGAAACUCCAGUAUCUACAUUGUCUGUUGUUGAAGGCAUAGCAAAUCCUGGAGAGUUCAUAUACUCAAUACGACACAACAACUCAUUUGGAAGACUUCAACGGAUAUUAUCAAUAAAUAAGUCCAGUGCAUUGGCAUCACUGGCACCUUAUAUUGAUAAUACGGGCAUCAUAAGAGUUGGUGGACGUUUGGAUGCAGCCUCAUUAUCGUAUGACGCAAAACAUCCGAUGUUGUUGCCUUAUAAUGACCCCAUUGUCAAAUUAAUAAUUGAACAAGUCCAUAAGAAAUACAUGCACUGUGGUCCGCAGUCUCUCCUAGCUAACAUGCGUCAACGAUACUGGCCAAUUAAGGGCAAAUUGAUAGCAAGGUCAGUAGUACAACAUUGUGUACGUUGUACUAAAGUAAGACCACGAUUUUAUGAACAACUGAUCGGUAAUUUGCCAGCGACAAGAGUACAACCUGGGCGACCAUUUCUCACCACUGGAGUGGACUUUUGCGGACCUUUUUGGAUACAUUACAGAAUCCAAAGCAAGAAACCACACAAGGCAUAUAUUGCUGUGUACUGUUGUUUUACAACUAAGGCAGUUCACCUCGAAGUAGUUAGCGAUUUAACCACAGAUGCAUUCAUCGGAUCGCUGAAACGUUUUAUUGUUCGAAGAGGACACUGCAAAAAUUUGUUUUGUGACAAUGCCACAAAUUUCGUGGGAGCAAGCAAUCAAUUACUUGAACUUGCAGACUCAAUUCAAACAAGCAAGGCACAAGAGAAGAUAAUUAACGAAUGUAAUGAAAGAGGAAUAACAUUUAAAUUUAUACCCCCUCGUGCACCACACUUCGGUGGACUGUGGGAAGCAGCAGUCAAAUCAGCAAAACACUUAUUGAUACGAAGUACUAAGACGACUUCACUAACAUAUGAGGAACUAGAGACUUUGGUACUAGAAGUCGAAGUAAUACUGAACUCUCGACCAUUGACACCUUUGUCGAGUAAUCCGAAUGACUUGUCAGCACUAACACCUGGUCAUUUCUUAAUCGGAGAACCACUCACAGCAAUGGCAGAUGCAAAGGCCCAAUCAGGAAAUAUAAAUCUGGUGACAAGGUGGAAAUUAGUUUCUCGCCUCAAAUUGGACUUUUGGGAACGUUGGAAAACCGAGUACCUCACUGAACUACAAUGUCGACACAAAUGGAAAGCAGCCAAUCCAAAUAUAAAAGAAUAUACCCUUGUAAUCAUCAAGGAAGAUAAUGUUCCUACAUUAAAAUGGCCGCUUGGACGUAUUUCAAAAGUAUAUAAGGGAGAUGAAGUCUUGUUCGCGUGGUUGAUGUUAAAAUGGUUUCAGGAACUCUAA